AUGUCAGAAGGCUCCCCGAUCCUUUCCCUCAACGAUACCGAGUUAGAAGUCCUGAUGGACAUCCAUCAUCAAGAUAUCGAACGGGCCGCUGUUCGCGACAAGCUCCUUCAGGAAUUCUGGGACACCAUUGUCGUCUACCAGGAGCUGAUGACAUUUGGCCUCAGCUUCCUAGAUCCCCAGCACGUCGAUAUCCUCUUCAAUCUUAUCAAUCACCGAAUGGAGACAUUUUACGAAACGAUGACUGUUCUGAAUGAAGAAGAGAACUUGGAUAAUCAGAUCUUCGGACUAGUUUGGGCAGGGCUUUUCUGA